CGUCUCAGCUACCAAGAUCUCACAGGAUCGUCCACGAAUUUGUCGACACAGGAGACCUCGCGGCAGCCAAGGGGACAUGCUAUUUUUCCAAGUGCUUCGAGAAAUGUGGUCGGCGAUCGGAGUGUUCGGGAUAUUUAUGAUAUUCGUCUCGGUUAAGGCUUUCGGUGAAUUCGACAACAAUCUUUGCAAAGACCCCGAGAAGCAAAUCGGUUACUGCAAGCCACUCAGUGAUUGCGAGCCUCUAGUCGAGGUCAUUAAGAAAUCCAACGCCAGCAGGAGCGUUCGAGAACGCAUAUACCAAUCUGUAUGCGAUCUUAGAUCUCCUAGCCUACGAUUUUGUUGUCCCAAUAGUGGGAUAGUCAACGUUCCGAUUAAUCCCCCCAUCAAUGAGGCCUGCGAAGAAAUCCGCGGACAAUCCGGUCGCUACGUUUUCGUCAAAGAUUGCGAACCUCUGACAGACCUCCUUCGACGAGAAGGGAACAGCGAGAAAGCUGAGAAUUACAGAAACGACGCCCUGAAAGGUUCUGACCCUGACGACCCGGUAAUUUGUUGCCCCAAUACCGGCUACAUCAACGUUGAUUACGGUGACGAGGAUAAAUGCACAGAUGCCUUGGGAGUUUCCGGUUUCUGCACCCCCAUCAAAGCUUGCAAGCCUUACACAGAUUUUAUUCUACGAAUGAACGCUACCAAGGAAGUUAGUGAAUAUUCGAUUGGGUCUGUGUGCAUUUUUGAUCCUCCGGAGGAUACGACAAUUUGUUGCCCCAGCACCGGAAGUAUCGUCAUUGAGAAUAACGACCGCAAAGAGAAUGAUUCCGAGACACCUUCGCUGAUUUUUUCAGGCUAUUAAUAGAGAAGUGAGGACUUACGCGAGCUAUUUUUUAGGCACCAUUUUGCAGUGAUCGAAAAUACCAUGGAAGGAAAUUUUGAUAACGAAGAUUUUUGUGGACUGAAUUGAUUCGUUUGAAUAAGCAAAAAAU